CGAGUAGCAAAACGCACCUGCUCUGCAAAUCCCUCCCUCCCUCCAAAAAAAAAACAGAAAAGCUCGAACAGGGCUGGCGCUCGAGCUCAACCUUCGCGCGCCUGCGAAGAGGAAGGUCGGAUCGAAUCGCGAGCAUUUCCAAAAACACCUUCUCUCUCUCGCUCUCCCUCCACCGAUCGCACUUAGGGUUUCCUCCGGUCGGCUCCGCAGGAACGAGGUAAGUGCGCUCGCGGAGCGAACCGGAUGGAUUGUCCGAGCUUACUUUGUCGCUCGAUGAAGCCGGUCUUUUAGUUGGCUGGUUCGUAGUUGAGACGGGCGUUCCUGGUUUGAUUGUCGUAGUAGAAGGAAACGAACGAUUCCGUUGGGGUGCGCGUGGCUCGAUCGAACGUAGUUCGAUCACUGUUCCGCAGACACUUGUUUGUUUAACUUUUGUUGGAAUUGGGACUUGCCUGGUUGGGGAUUUCGACAGUUUUUGAUGCGAAAGCUGAGAUGAUCGAGUCCCUCACCAUGAUAUAAUUCCUAAUUUUAAGAAUCAAAUGACUGACUCUCCACUGUUCCGCAGAUUCUCCUGUUGUUGUUGAUAAGGCACGAUUCUUCUAUCCUUCUACACCUGUUAUUUCUGUGAGUCCAGAUUACUUACGUGUUCAACCUUUUAUGACUUGGAGGACUUGUAGGCUUUCUCGAAUGUAAAAUUCUUUUGCAACAUGUGCACGUCGGAGCAAUAUCUUGUUAUGCUGAUGACAUACAAAGAGACUCCAUUAUUCUUACAUCAUCAUGUGACAUUCUUUAUUCCUUUCUUUUAGUGUACUCUCCAGUACAUCCUAAAAAUUCAGAAUCUAUAUCAUGAAGGGUGAAGCUGUUGAUGGUGAUGCCGUCAUUGCAAAACUUGUUGAAAUGGGAUUUAAAUAUUCUUUAGCAGUAGAGGCUGUGAAAAUGGUUGGUGCUUCAAUAAAUGAUGCAGCUGACUAUAUCCUGAAUGGCCCUUGGAGUACCAAUUUGGGUGCAUCAACAAGUUCUAACUGUUCCAAAGUUUGUGUAAAAGCUUCAGGCAAAAGAGCUUCGUCCCUGUCACAACCUUCAGAAAAAAUGCAGCAAUCUAACAUUCUGGAUCAUUUUGGUACAAAAAUGCAAACGAAAAGAAGUAAAUUUAAUGUGGCAAAAGAUGCUUUGGAUGCAGGGUCAAAAGUCUCACCUGUCAUGGAAGGAAAUGGGAACGUCCAUCCUGAUAUGCAUCGAGACACCAAGAUCACAUCAGAAAUUAUUGCUGUUGAUUUCCCAGAAGUGUGUUUGGGAGCAGACUGGGAGCAGCAAGUUAGUAGUCUCUUACGGAAGCACUUUGGUCAUGCAUCCUUGAAGAAUUUCCAGAGAGAAGCUUUGGCUGCUUGGCUAUCUAACCAAGAUUGCCUUGUUCUUGCUGCAACAGGAUCUGGUAAAUCACUGCGUUUCCAGAUUCCAGCCCUACUGACUGGGAAGGUGGUUGUUGUGAUCCCACCAUUGAUAAGUUUAAUGCAUGACCAGUGUCUAAAGCUCGCAAAACAUGAUGUCUCUGCCUGCUUUCUUGGAUCUGGGCAACCUGACAAGAGUGUGGAAAAGAAAGCGAUGGAGGGAAAAUAUGGUCUGAUAUAUGUUUGCCCAGAGUCGGUUUUAAGGCUGAUAAAGCCACUACAAAGUCUUGCAGCAGGCCAAGGAAUUGCAUUAUUUGCAAUUGAUGAAGUCCACUGUGUUUUGAAAUGGGGCCAUGAUUUUCGGCCUGACUACAGGAAACUAUCUGUGUUAAGAGAGAACUUCAGCACUUUUGACAUCCCACUGAUGGCUUUGACUGCUACUGCUACUAACCAUGUUCGAAAAGAUAUUAUUCAGUGCCUUUGCAUGUCAAAGGAGACAAAGAUUGUGCUUACAUCAUUCUACCACUCCAAUCUACGUUUUUCUGUUAAGCAUAGCGGAACUUCUUUAGAGACUUACAAAAAGGAUUGCCAUGUUUUGAUCGGUGACAAACAGCAUCUCGACCGUGCUGAAGAUUCCGAUAAUACAUCAGUUCCCUGUGGAGGAUUCCAUGGAGAAUCUCCUGAUUUAAGCCAGGAGGUAUCUGGUUCUUUUGAGAUGUCUGAUUCACCAAUGGAACUGAAGGAAAGGCAUGGACCUACUAUUAUUUAUGUCCCUACGAGGAAAGAAACUUUGACAAUUGCCAAAUUCUUGUGUGGCUUCAGCAUCAAAGCAAAAGCUUAUAAUGCCAAGAGAUAUAUGACUUGUAUCUGUAGAAGUAGAGAUAAUACUUGCCAAAAAUCAUAUAUUAGGCAAGUCCACGAGGAAUUUCAUGAGGACAAAGUAGAGGUUGUUGUUGCAACUGUGGCUUUUGGAAUGGGGAUCAACAAGUUAAAUGUCAGAAGAAUCAUCCACUAUGGUUGGCCACAGAGUUUAGAAGCAUACUAUCAAGAAGCAGGGCGUGCUGGAAGAGAUGGAAAAUUAGCAGAUUGCAUACUCUUUGCUAAUUUAGCAAGAACACCAACUUUGUUGCCUAGUCGAAGAAGUGAAAAUCAGUUGAAACUAGCGUACAAAAUGCUGUCUGAUUGUCACAGAUAUGGAAUGAACACUGCAAACUGUCGAGCUAGAUCACUCGUUGAGUAUUUUGGGGAGCACUUCAGUCACGAGAAGUGCUACUUGUGCGAUGUGUGCAUUAAAGGACCUCCUGAGAGGCUAAAUGUGAGGGAAGAGGCUGAUAUUUUCAUGCAGGUUCUCGCUGCUAACAAGAAACCAUAUGCUUUGUCUUGGGGAAACAGUGGAUACAUUGCCGACUCAUAUGAUGAUGAUAUAACACAUCGUGAGGUCAAACGAAGACGGUAUGUUGAGAAGCUAUAUCUCAAGCUCUUGGUCAGUAAAAUCAGGAAGCAGUAUCCUAUUCCUAAGUACAUGGCAAUUGACAUGUCAUGGUGGCAAGGUCUUGCUCGAGUUAUGGAAAGUGAAGGAUACAUCAAAGAGGGUGAUGAGAAGGCUCAUGUUCAGAUAAAAUAUUUUGAGCUAACAGAACGAGGAUGGGAUUUUGUGAAAUCACAAAGAGAGGAAAGCCUGUACAUAACUCCUGAAGUUGAUAUGCUUCUCUAGGGGAGAAAACGGAGACCAUUUUCCACUUUUUCUGAAUGGGGUAAGGGCUGGGCUAAUCCUGAGAGAUACGUCGCCAGCGGUUGGAGAGGAGGCGAUCAAACAGGAGGCCAAGAUAAAGGAAAUCAAAAGGUUUUAAGGCAAGUCAGAAAACUGUUUGAGGAAGGCUAGCUAAAUUAAUAAAACUAAAAUCAAGGUGAGGCGAUUGUUUAGGGCAGGAACUUGUCCAAGUGUUUGGUUUUAUCUGUAAUUACAGAAUUAGGCACUGACAUACAUAAAUUCAUUGAAAUGUAUAUUUUUCGCGAAACAGCUUUUGAAUGCAUAUGCUUCAGUUUCAA